AAAUAUACAUUUAAAAACAUCCUUCUCUCAACCAUCAAUAAUAAUCUCCAUUUUUUGGUCCCAAGAGAAAACACCUUCCAAUCUGCAUUGUGUUCACAAAAAAUGACAACUCAUAAAAGAGGUGUUAUGUAUGUAUACAAACUUGACACCGGAAACCACCCAUCAACACCACUUCCUACCACCACCACAAAAAAGAAAUCCAUUUCCCGGACAUUAGGAGCACUACUAAAGAGAUCCAAAACAUACAAAGAAAGCAACGACCUUCAUCACAUAUACGAAGAAAAAGAAGAUACUAAAGAAAUAGUUCAAAUUUCAUCAAGAAAAUCUCUUCCUACAAUCGAUGGUGGUACGAGUAGGAAAUUGGGUUAUGAGUUUAAAGAAGGGAGGAAAACGGUAUCGGGAAACGAAGAAAGGAGGAAACCGGUGUUAUCGGGAGUUGAGGUGAUGGGAGGGCGGAGAUCGGCGGAGAAUAGGGCGGAGAUGGUAAUGAUAAAUAUAGGGGAGGUGGCUUCAUUGCUUCAAGUGAGGGUGUUGGUGACGGAUAUGCCGGCAUUCAUGCAAGUUCAUGCAUUCCGAUGUGCUAGACAAACUUUUGAUAGUUUGGAGAAGUUUAGCCCCAAACAAAUUGCUUUAAACUUGAAAAAGGAUUUUGAUAAGGUGUAUGGGCCGGCCUGGCAUUGCAUUGUGGGCUCAAGUUUUGGGUCAUUUGUGACCCAUGCAACCGGUUGUUUUCUUUAUUUCUCCAUGGAAAAGUUAUAUAUUUUAGUGUUCAAGACAAAAGUUCAAAAAAAUGUGAAUCAUUCACACUGAUUUUAAGAAAUGGAUGAAAGUAAGACCUGGAUAUGAAAUAUAAAUACAACACCAGCAACUGUAGGUUUUCUUAUUAUUACUUUUUUAUAUAUUUUUUUGUAAUUUGUCUAGAUUUGUUGAUAGCUUUUAUUCUUUUACGAUUUGUAAAUAGAAAUUGUUAUGUCGUUUUGCAUGGGUUUCGUGAGCAACAAAGAUAGAAAGGGGUCUAUAACUCGAGAAUCCUUUUUUUUUUUCUCAAGUAUUGACUUGAUUAAAAAAUUACAAUGCGAUGGAUUUGUAUAUAAGAGGGCUGCCAACGACUUAGUCACUUUCAAAGCAACGAGCUCUUCAAUUGUGACGUCGUUGGCACACCUUCUUCACUUGGCUUCGUCGUCUUCGGUGAGAGACACGAUGGAGGCGGGGUACUAUGGUGGAUGUGGAAUUAAAGCCAAUCUCAGUAAAGUAAACUUUUAUCACGCAUGACGCAAAUGAUAUGAAAUAUGUAUAUAUCCCACACGCAUGCUAGAAUGAAUAUAUGUGAUUGUGUUCUUAAAA